AUGGCGGAGAGACUUCUUAUCUGCUCGUCUUCUAAAUUGCCCGGAAUCGGACUGCCCAAUUGGCGCGUUUGGUCCAGAUACGCUAUUCGGCCCACUUUGACAUCUGAAGAACUGCGUCAGCGUGUUUCGGCAGCUGGCGGAGGCUCCUCUGGCUCUACAUGGUCCGAUCUUACUGAGCCGUCCUCUCUUGACCGUAUCGCCCUACGUCCCGGCGAGGAGUCUUACCAUCAACCCAAGUUUUCUCGACCCGCCUAUAAUCAGAAGUUGUAUGAAGGCGGUCUUUUGCCACGACUGCCUUUCACUGAUAAACCAGUAGAUAAGCCGGAAUUCAGGCCAAAAGAUAUGUGGGCACCUCACAGGGCAGUUUUUGGACAAAAUGACUACAUUGGCGAGUUUCAUUUGGCUGUUCAUUAA